CAAUCCCAUUUCUUCCCAACAAUCUCAUCUUCUUCAUUUUUUCUCUUUGAGGAUUUUCACAAACAGUUGUUGCUAAUUUGAGGCCAUGGAGCUCACACUUAAAUGUGGCUUUUUCUGCCUGUUGGCUGUGCUCUUGCCUAUGUUGUGCUUCUCUCAGGAUGGUUUCGUCGCUUCGAGAGCCACUUAUUAUGGCAGCCCCGAUUGCUACGGGACUCCAUCGGGGGCUUGUGGAUUCGGUGAAUUUGGAAGGACAGUUAAUGAUGGCAAUGUCGCUGCAGUUUCAUAUCUCUAUCGGAAUGGCUCUGGUUGUGGUGCAUGCUAUCAGGUUAGGUGCACCAAUCCAACAUAUUGCAGUGAUAGUGGAGCAUAUGUAGUGGUGACUGACCAUGGUGAAGGGGAUUACACUGACUUUAUCUUGAGCCCACGAGCGUAUGCAAAAUUGGCCUAUCCAAACACAGCCUUAGACUUGUUCUCUCGUGGUGUGGUGGAUGUGGAAUUCAGAAGGGUUUCUUGCCAAUACCCUAAUUACAACACUCUCAAGUUCAAGGUCCACGAGCACAGUAGAUACCCUGAUUACUUGGCCAUUGUCGUCAUCUACGUCGCUGGCAAAAACGACAUCACCGCCGUCCAACUGUGGCAGGAGGAUUGCAAAGAAUGGAAGGGGAUGAGGAGGUCCCAUGGAGCAGUGUGGGACAUGGCAAACCCACCAAAAGGAGACAUAAAGCUGAGGUUCCAAGUGAGUGGAAGUUUGGGAUAUGGAAGGUGGGUGAUGGCAAACAAUGCCAUCCCAAAUUAUUGGAAGGCAGGAGUUGCUUACGACACAGACAUUCACCUCUAUUAGAGCUGCUCCAUAGAAUUUCUUACAAAACCCAUGUAAUGAAUUAUUGUGUUGUAAUAUGAAAAUCAUACUUUAAUUUUGUGUUUUGGUAGUUUAAUUAGUACUAAUUAAGCUGUGUGAUCUUGCUUUGGUCUUUUAUGUGGGUAAUCUUCAAGUUGUUAUUUUUGUGGGCAUUUUGUACUGGUCAGGUGGGUGCAAUAAUUUAUGUUUUAUGAUAUGAUUUGUGUACUUUUGGGAUUGGCAUAUGUUAUAUAAAGGAAAUAUGGAAAUAAAAUAUUAGUUCCACCAA